CUAACAUUCAAAAAACCUAACUUUUUUCGCUUUGAUAUUUUUUUUUAAAUAGUAAUCCAUUCAUAUCGAUAACAAUCCUUCGUUUGAGUUGCUUAAGUAGAUAAAGUGUGACCGAUCGAGUGUAGUUUAGACUCGUUUUUGGAGUAAAUCGAUUUAAUAAAGAAUGAAGUUAUUUUCGGUGUUAUUUUUGCUGUGUUCUUUUAAAUUUUGUAUUUCCUAUAAAAUUUUAGCCGUUUUACACACACCUUCGUUUAGUCAUUUUAUAGCUGGUGGUGCUAUUGCAAAAGAAUUAGCUUUAAAAGGACAUGAAGUAACAGUUUUGAGUACAUACCCUCAAAAGAAACCCAUCAAAAAUUAUCGUGAUAUUGAAUUGACUGGAAUGAGAGAAUGGAUUAUAGAUUUUAUGAGUAAAGUUAAUUUAAUUGAUUACGAAAAUGAAAAUAUCAUAACAAAAACGAAUUUCCCCAAUGAAAUGGGUUAUAUUAUGUCAAAAAUCGUUUACGAACACGAUGCGGUUAAAAAAUUAAUGAAAUCCCACGAAAUCUUCGACGUCGUCAUCAUAGAACAAUUUGUCAGCGAAGCAUUAUACGGUUUAUGUUAUCAUUUUAAAGCACCUUGUAUAUCAUUUUCUUCGGUAGGAUCAACUAUAUGGACGAACCGUUUAGUUGGAAAUAUCGGAUUGGCUUCGUACGUUCCAGACGUUUCCGGUUAUUAUUCACCGUCAAUGACAUUUUUGGAACGUCUCCACAAUUUAAUAACCUUAAUAUACCAAGAACUCAAUUAUCAUUUGUAUACUUUGCCGAAAUUAGACCAACUUUUACAUGAACAUAUCCCGGAUGCACCCCCAUUAUCACAAUUAGUUUAUAAUAUCUCUUUGGUGCUGUUAAACUCGCAAACAGCAUUAACAGGGGCCGUACCAUUAACACCGAACAUUGUCGAAAUAGGUGGGAUCCAUCUUCAAAGUUUCAAAAAAAGUAAAGACGAAAAAUUACCUCAAGACGUACAAAAUUUUUUAGAUAAACACGAUCAAGUUGUUUACUUCGCGUUUGGAUCGAAUUUUAAUAGCAAAAGCAUACCGGAAGAGAAAUUGGAAGCGAUAUUCGAUGCGUUGAGGAAAUAUGGAAAACCGGUCCUUUGGAAAUUUGAUGAUGACGAAUUACCGGCUGGUUUGGAACAUGUUAAAAUUGGGAAAUGGUUUCCUCAAACGGCCGUCUUAGCCCAUAAAAAUGUAAAAGCUUUUAUAACUCAUUGUGGUCGAUUGAGUACCUUGGAAUCGUUGUAUUAUGGCGUUCCAAUGAUUGGAAUUUCGUUGUUUGCGGAACAAGCUCAUAAUGCGGCGGAAAUGGCUCAUUUAGGAUAUGCUGUUUGGGUGAAAUUUAACGAAUUAACGAAAGGGAAAUUGUAUAAGGCUUUAGUGGAAAUAACUGAGAACCCAAAAUAUUAUAAUGAAGCCCAACUUAGAUCAAAAAUAAUGCAAAAAGAAAAUCAAAUAGAAAAAGCCAUAAACUGGAUAGAACACGUCGUCGAAUACAAAGGAGCUGUAUAUUUGAGAAACGCAGGAGUCGAUUUACCUUGGUAUCAAUUUUGGAUGGUUGACGUCAUUUCAUUUGUAAUAAUUUUAAUUAUUUUUGUAAACACUUUGAUUGCUUAUUUAAUAUCAAAAAUGUUUUCUAACAUUUUGGCAGUGUUCCAUUUCCCCUCGUACAGUCAUUUCGUGAUAGGCGAAGCCCUAUGUAAAGGUUUGGCUGCCAAAGGUCAUAAUGUAACCGUAAUCAGCACAUUCCCACAAAAAAGCCCAAUUAACAAUUAUCAUAAUAUUGUUGUUGAGGGGAUGCCUAAUUUGAAUGGAUCAAAUUUUGAAAGUAAAGAUUUACCACCGGUAAAACUUUUAGAAAUAAUAGAAGCUUUUGGAUUAUGGAAAAAACCGAUUUUGUGGAAAUACGAGGAAGAACUUCGAGAUAAGCCGGACAACGUGAUGAUUGCGAAAUGGAUGCCACAAACGGCCGUAUUGGCUCACAAAAAUAUUAAAACGUUCAUAACGCAUUGCGGACGGCUGAGCACGAUUGAAUCGGUCUAUUUAGGAGCUCCAAUGAUUGCUUUACCAAUCUUUGCAGAACAGUUACACAAUGCCGCACAAAUGACCCACUCAGGAUGCGCCCUUACUUUAGACUACAGAACUUUAAAUCGCCGGAGUUUCUAUAAAGCCUUAAUUGAAAUUACAACAAAUCCUAGAUAUAAAGAAGAGAUUAAACUAAAAUCGAAAGUUCUUCAAGAUUUUAGAGCCUUAGAUGAAGGAAUUUAUUGGAUCGAACAUAUCAAAUUUAACGGUGCGAGUUAUUUAAGAAAUGAUGGAGUAGAUAUGGUGUGGUAUAAAUUUUGGAUGAUCGAUGUGAUUUUUGCCUUAAUUUUAAUAUUAUUAGCGUUAACAAUAACAUUUUGCUAUUUAAUUUCGAUAGUUACCAAGAAAAACGUUUCGAUUAAAGUGCAGAUUUGA